AUGGCUACAUUUGAAGAAGAAGUUAAAAAAGCUUGUGAAAAUUGCAAGCAAUUGUUCCCUGAAAGCAAAGUUUAAUUGCAUGAAGCAUAUUGCUUAAGAAAUAUCAGAAAAUGUCCAAACUGUGAAUAGUAUGUUGAUAAAAGAGAAAUGGAAGAACAUCAAGAGGAGUUCCAUAAGCAAGUAACAUGUGAAAAAUGUGGAAAAGCAGUAGAAAACCAGACUUUAAUGCAGAAACACAUUGAAACUUAGUGUUAACUAAGACCUCGCGAGUGUCGCUACUGCAAUGUGUUAUUUCCAGUUUAAGAAUUUGAAUAGCACGAAUAUACUUGCGGCUGCCGUACAAAGGUUUGUGGCUUAUGCAAAAAAAACAUUUUAAUGAGGGAUUAUGAAAAUCACAUGGAUACAUGCGUCGGAAUAGUAGAAGAAGAUAAAAAACCUGAGAAAAUAGAAACAAAACCAAAAGCAUCAUUACCAUACAAUAACUAGUAAUCAUCACAGAAUGCUUAACAGAAUAAGCCAAUAAAUUAGAGUGUUCCUAGUGCAAUGCCCAAAAAUAGUAUUAAUUAGAUUAUCAGAAAUGAAAGAGAAUAAAAUAAAGUUGAUCAAGAGCAGCAAUAUGCAGGUUUGAAGAAAAAAAAAGAAGAAGAGGAUGAAAGAGCUUAAAUAAAGAAUUAAUAUUAGAAAGAGAGUUUAAGUAAACCAAGCAGCAUGCCAUACCAGGCUUCUUCUUAAAAUUAAAUUUAACAAUAAUAGUAAUAAUAAAAGUUAUCUUAGCCUCCAUCACAGUCUUCAAAAACUAAUAUUUAGUCAUAGUAGCAAUAACGUAAUCCUAUUCCAACAAAUAAUUAAGCUUUGAAUAACUUAGAAAAAAAUAAAAUUCCAAAUGAGCCUAAACCUUAACUUAUUUCUGCCACAAGUUAAAAUAAGCCGCAAAGUACCUCAUAUGCAUAGCAAAAUGUUUAAUAAAUUCCUGUUCGCUCUACAUAAUAACAAGAGAAAUAGCUGGUGGACAAAUAUGGAAUAAAACCUCCAAGCUCCUAAGGAUAAAGAUAGCCAUUGGUUGCAAAUAAGCAAGAUUUACCUUCUUUAAAUAAAAUAAAUUCAUAAGGAACUUAAAAUUAACAAUAAUAAUAAAUUUCAGCUUACUAAAUGAGGUAAGAUGAUAUUUAUGGUGGUGGUUUAAAUAACAAAGUUGAGAAAGACCCUUACUUGUAAAAAAAAGAUGAUUAAAAACUUAAUAACAAUAUCUAUAACAGUAAAUUUAGUUCAAAUAUUUCAGAUGCAUCCAAAUAGAAGAGAGAUGAUGAGCGUUUAAGAGAAAUGAAUGAGUUACCAACACAGGGUUAUUACGAUAACUUAAAAACAAUUAAGAAUCCAAAUUUCGAGUAUAAAAAUACAGACUACACAAAUUAAGAUAAAUACCAGUAAAAAUAUACAAAUAUUAAUCAACAGAUUAGCUCCUAGCCUCGAACCAAUAUAACAGCUGACUAUAAUCAAAAGCCAAUUAACAGUCCUUAAUAUUAAGUACCAGGAUCUAACCCUUAAACUAAACCCAAAUAGCCAACAAUCGAAAAACCAUCUUAUAGCUCUUAAGCAUCUAGCUAUCAGCCUUCUCAAGCUAAUUAAAAGCAAUUACCUCCAAAAGGAUAGGUUGAUUACAACUAGCCUUCAAGUAAGAACCCACCAACAGGUUAUAAAAAUCAUGAAGAAAUUCUAAGAAAUGUUCCUUCUUAAGGACUAUCAGGAAUUCCUAGCUAUUAACCUUAUACAAAACCAGCUCCUUAUUCUUCAAACUCAUAAAGCAGUUCUAGUUAAAACUAAAGAGUUCCUAGUAGAGGAAAGUAUGAUGAGAAGCCUUCUUAUCCCUAAAGCUCUUAAUAAAAUCCAAGUUUGAAAAAACAAUCUACCAGUAGUAGUAACAAAUUAGAGAGUAAUGGAAUUGAUGACAAUGACGAAUUACAGAAAGCUAUAAUGAUGAGCUACUAGUAGCAGCAAGAUAAAUAAAAGUAAGUCUCAUCAAAUUCAAGACAAAAUAUGUCAAAACCAGUAAUCCAACAAAAUAAAUAAUAUGGCAAUGAACAAAAACCAAAAAAUAAUGAUGUUGGUAUGGUGAAUGAAGAUGAAGAAAUUCAGAGAGCAAUUAUGGAGAGCAUGAAAGGAAAUAAGCAAACAUCUCAUAACAAUAAAUAUACUUAAGAAAAAUAAGGAGGACAUAAGCCUUCAAAACAACAACAAUAACCAUUUUAUAAACAUGAAGGCAUGGGCGAUGAUGAAAUUUACGAUGAAGAGAUGGAAAAAGCCAUUCUUUAAUCAUUAAAAAAAUGA